AGAUAGCCACACAGUGCCGCAUCGCGUGUCGCAGCGGACCGCCAAAAUGUGCCGCGAUUCCUCCGCCAAACUGCUGGAAGAAUCCAGAGACGACAUGGUGCUUCAUCAGGAGGAAGCUCCUCCGGGCAGCUUCACAGCGACACAGAAGAAGUUACUGGCCGGCCUGGCGCUGGCUAAUAUGCUGAACGGCUCUCUGGUCGCCAUCAUGAUACCGUUCUUCCCCGUGGAGGCGACCUCGCGGGGCGUGCCGCAGACAACCAUCAGUGCGCUCUUCAGCUGUUUCGCCAUCGGCCAGAUGGUGCUAAGCCCGGUGGUGGGCCGGUUAGCGCCCGUGCUCGGAGUGACACGCCUCUACAACAUCGGCCUGAGCGUGGCCGGUGUGACGACAGUGGUGUUCGGCUCGCUUAACUACAUCGAGAACACGGACCUGUUCGUGGCCGCCUGCUUCCUGACGCGGCUGGUGGAGUCGGCCGGCAUGGCGGCCGUCACCACCUGUGGCUACACGAUCGCCGGCAGCCAGUUCCUCGGGCGCGUCAACACUGCCGUGGCCUGGCUGGGCUGCUCUCUCACCGCCGGGCUGGCGCUCACGCCCAUCAUCUGGGGCGGCCUCUACGCCAUCGGCGGCUUCGGCGCACCCUUCUACACCCUCGGAGCCGUCAUGCUGGUGGUGGCCGCCUUCAACUCGUGGCUGAUGCCCUCCGUGGCGGAGGAAGCUGGACGCGCGCGGCCACCCUUCUUCCGCACGCUGCUUGUCUUCCUCGGCUCCACAGACAACCUGAUCUGCAUGGUCACCGUGUUCAUGUUCUCCACCGACUUCAGCACUGUGGACGCCAGCAUCGCGCCCUACGCCGACGCCGUGCUGGGCAUCACGCCGGCCAUGAUCGGGGUCUAUCUGUUCGUCACCACCAGCCUGUACGUCGUGGCCAACUACUUCUGGGGCUGGCUGGCCGAGCGGACGCGCAUACCGUUUGCGUUGAUUGCUCCCUGCCUGAUGUUCUGCAGUGUUGGUCUGCUCCUGCUGGCGCCGUCGCCGCUGCUCGGUCUGGAGCCCUCCAAGUGGCUGCUCGGGACCGGCAUGGCCAUCGAGCAGGUGUUCUUCGGCGGCGCGUUCACGCCCUGCUACAAGGUGAUGCUGGACGCGAGCAUCGCGCGCGGAUUGGAGGACAGUCUCACCACGCAGUCGUUUGUCUCGAGCGUGCUGCAGACCAUGUUCACGAUGGGCGUGGCCGUGGGACCCGUGUCGGGCGGCGCGCUUAUCGACGCCUACGGCUUCCCCGUGAUGACCACCGUGCUGGCCCUCAUCACCAUGGCCUUCGCAGUGCUCGUCGCCAUCAAAGCGUUCGUCCGGCACGGCUGCUGCCGGGACGCAGCCCAGGCCGCCAACAACAACUGUGCGCCGUGGAAACGGUCAAAGUAUGAAACAAUAGGCGCUUAGGAAAAUACACGAAGGGGGUAAUGCAAUAGAAUAGCGGGUUAAGGCCAAAUUAUGUGUUCACAUGCUCAUGAUGUUGUACAAAAUGUGACAGAAGCUAGACUCUUUGAAAAUGCUUCUGCCGCUUCGCGCGCCCUCAUCGUCAACAGUAUUAGCUGUACCUAUAUGCAAUCUUAUAAGGCAGAAGGUUGACUUUGAUAUGUAUCAUACUAGUGCGUAUGGGGUCACAAUUGGUCUGAUUCGGAAGUUUAUGAUAUUGUAGAACCAGAGAAGUCUAAUCACGUGAUGGUGGUGAAAAUGGAAAUGUGUUUGAUGUAUCGUUUUUACCGGCUGUACAUAUAGCACCGUGUGUCAGUGACCACACGCUAGCAUGACUAGGUAUUUCAUUUUGUAUCUUUGUGGUAAUACAACAGAUACAUGAAUGCGAAAUUUCGACCAAAAAAUAAAAAAGGUAUAGUUAUGAACUCAGGAGCUCAAGCAUUUCUUUCUUCCCUCCAUAAUGAUAAGACCACGACGAAAAUCCUCUCCCCUCGUCCACAUCAGCACACGGCCAUAUCAAGCAUGUUUUUUACGAGAAAAUGGUUCCUGGCGCUCGUUUAUUUGGCUUCUGGUUUGCUGCUAGGACUAAGUGUAAUUUGAAAAUCCGUCGAACAAUUUGAGACCGUUAUUAGUAUUUAAGUGCAACGUGUACCUAAUGAAUUGGAUGGAAUGGGUUUGAAUAGCUACCUUAUGCCUUUCGAAGACAAACGCUAAUAAAAGUUAAGAAUAAAAAUAUA